AUCAGCUAAUUGUAAAAGGUAUUAUUUUAGAACCACAAGGAAAAUUACUUACACCUGAUCGUAUUCAAGCAUUAAUGAUAAAAUAUAAUGAGUCAGUACAAAAAAGUUACCGAAUGUCAAAAACUAUUAAUCAGUUAAAAUCAAAAAUUUUAACACUUACUAUGAAAGAUCAAAUAUCAGAAUCCAAAUUAGAUUUUAAGGAGCAAUUAGAUGAAAUUGUAACAAAUACAAUAAAAAAUGCAGAAAUUGGAUCGACUGUUUUAGUAGAUACAAAAAAUUAUUUGUUAUUAGUUUUAUCUCAACUAUGUUCUAAUUGUGAAUGUAAUGAUAUUACAAAAAAAACUUACGUAGUGAAUGCUAUAGGUUUUUCUAUAAAAUGUUGUAUAACUUGUAAACUUUGUGGUGCUAUGAUAGAAAAUAAUAAUGAAAAUAUAGAUAUCCGAUUUUCUAAAGCAGUUGCUGCAGCUAGUUUUGCUGGUGGUCUUACUUAUCAUGCACUACAAACUGAUAUGGAUAAUACCUAG